UUUUCUUUGAAAAUUUAUAUAUUAAUUAGUUGAAAUGAAAGGAGCAGGCCGUAUUUCUGCAGCAUACUCCAAAAUGGAUGAAAAUAAGAGAAAGAAGGAAGAGCAGAAGGAAAUGUUAAGAGCUCUAGAUGAAGAAGAAAAGAAGAGGCAUGACUCAGGAUCCGGAUCUAUCUCGAAUCAAGAUGACCAGCUUAGUAUUACAAAUCAGAGGAAAAAUAUUCUUGAGAAGAUCUCAAAGAAUAUUCUAUCAAGCCAUGGGCUUCAGAUAGACCCGAAUCUAUCAAGAAAUUUCGAAAUGAAAAUGUCAGAAAUGAGAAAAUAGAUCUGCAAGAGUUAAUCCUCAUAAAAGCAAGAAUCAAUCUAAAUGAAUUAUUAGACUAAACUCUCCCUUCCGUAUGAAGUGGGACCUUAUAGUCAUGAUGUGAGCUAUUUGGAAUUGUGUAAGUAUCCCCCUUGAGCUAUCCUUUGACCCUUCGUUUGCAAGGUCGAUCCCAUGGAUAAUAUUCAAUCAAUUUAUUGACAUCCUGUUUACUCUAGAUAUUAUUCUUACAUUCAGGACAACUUUUAUAAGCAACAAAACUGGUAUUGAAAUCUCUGAACCCAAGGAGAUAGCCAAGGACUAUCUCCUUGGGAGGUUCUGGGUGGAUUUCCUCACCAUUUUCCCUUUUAGUUAUAUUUCCUUCCUGAAUUUCCUCCGGAUUAUUGGUAUUCUUAAAGUCUCAAGAGUUUUGAGGCUUGGAUCUAUUAUUGACAAGCUAAAUGCUGAGGAAGAGUUCAAGCAAACCUUGAACCUCUUCAAACUGGUACUCAACUUGCUUCUAUUUGUGCAUGUUGUAGGGUGAAUAUGGUAUUCCAUUGUCAAUGUUGAUAAGAAAUGGGUCCCAACAUAUGACUAUAUGACUGCUGAGACUGAGUUUUACAUGGAAAGUCUCCUCUCCCAGUUUAUCACAUGAUUUUAUACAGGAGUUCUCAUUCUUAAUGGAAAUGAAGUCGGUCCAAGAACUGAAUUUGAGUUGAUAUUUACAAGCUUCAUCUUAGUUGUAUCAGCCAUUAUUAAUGCGCAUAUUUUUGGAUCAUUAGCAGUUAUUAUCCAGGAGUUGAACAAAAAGUCAGCACGGUUCUUUGAGAAACUAGAAAUUGCUAAUACUACAAUGAAGAACCUUAAAUUGCCUAGUGAGACUCAGAAAAGAGUCAUUAAUUAUAUCAUUUACACUCAAAGUGGGUUUGAUAAGAUUGAUGAAAUGAAAUCUUUCAAGAGUAUGCUCUCUCCUAGUCUUAAUACAGAGGUUGUCCGGGAAAUCUUUGCUUCAGUGAAACCUAUUUUUGAAGGAAUCUCUGAUAACCUUAUUGAAUAUGUCCUUGAAAAGAUCACUACAUCCUCUUCUCCUCCAGAGGAUGAGAUUGUCCGUCAAGGACAAACAGCCUCUGGCAUGUACUUCCUCUCAGCUGGAGAAUGAGUAGUCAUUGUUAAGGAUCACAAGAAGAUUCAAAACCAAGAAAGGAUCUUAAAGCCAGGAGAUUUCUUUGGUGAACUAGCCUUAAUUUCAAACAACAAGAGGACUGCAACAGUGAAGAGUCUGAACUAUUGUAACUGUGCCCUUCUUUCCAGAGAAGACUUUCAAGAUUUCUGUAUCUUUUUCCCAGCUGUCCUGAACAGACUGAAGAAGAAAAUUUCUACAUAUAAUGAUAAAUGGCGGAUAUUCCAGAAGAAAGUACUCAGAAAUGUAGAUUUCUUCAACAGGCUGGAUGAGCCCACGAUCGAUGAGCUCUCCUUAACCUUUAGAGAUAAGUUUUAUGAAAAAGAUUCAUAUGCCUUUGAAUCUGGAGAUGCAGUCGAUAGCAUCAUCUUUGUAUUCCAUGGUGAGCUAGAGCUCAUAGUCAAGAUGGACAAUGGCACUGAGAAAGUUAUUGACACUCUCUUUCAAGGAUGCCAUGUCGGUGCUUAUUCAAUGAUCUGUGAAUCUGUGUAUAAUUUUUACGGCCGAGCAAGGUCGAACGUCCAAGCAUGCACACUUUCUAGGGAAUCUAUUGAAGAAUUUCGAAAAGUCUUAGUCGAUCUGGAUGAUGAACUCGCAUUUUUCGAGCGUUACUCUGAAGCAAAUGGGAUCCCUGUCUGUGACUACAAGUUCUUUUUCUCAGAAGAUGCCAAGAGAAUGCCAAGCAUCAGAGAGCGUUUCUGGCAAGCCGUAAGAAGACUUCUGAUAAUCAACGAGUACAAAAGGACCAAGAAGUUCAGACUCUCAGAAAUGAUAGGCAAACUUCGUUCGAAAAUGGAGGAAGAAAGGAAAAAGAUUGAGAUUAAAAAGCAAAAGGAAGGCUUCUUCUGCGAUGAAGUUAACGAUAUCCUGACUAAGUAUAUCAUCGAGAAGCUCAGAAUCAACUCAGGAAUGGUUGAGCUCUUUAGUCAUGCCACUGAGCUAGAUAAAUAAGUCCAAUGAUAUCACAAAGCUGUAUGAUGAGAGAGACAAGCUUAUUAGAAGUCUCACCACCAACCUGUAUCUCCUUGUGGAGGACAUUAAGAAAAGUGAAUAUCUCAGCGGAGAUGCUAAGAAAGAGUUCCUAGCCAGGUCAGAGGUCCUUUUCAACCUUAAAGAUUCUGAUGCUAGUACUCUAGGUGCGAAGGAUAUUGAAAGUUUAAAGAGCAAUUUGGACACCUUCAAGAUUAAUGAGAUGAGGAGGAUAAGUGAAGGAAGGAAAUCAAUUCAAUCUGCUUCUAUUUCUCCUGAAGAAAUGACAAAGCUAAAGAAUAGACUAGUUACAAUGAUCAAAUCUGAACAAGAAGACAAUGAAUACGGGUUUGAUAAGCCCUUUAAGAAAACUUUGAAAAAGAAGAUAGCUAAAUACGAGCAAAGAUUGAAAAACCGUAAUGUGGUAUCCAUGAAGACCCAGAAGUACAAAGAUAAUUCCAAGAACAAUCAUAACGAUUCGAUGGAAGACGAGCCCAAAGAAGAGACCAAAGGGCUUCUUUUCCCAAAGAGUAGCAAUAAAUUCAGCCGCAAGGGAACGCAUAAGUAGGAAUCUAAAUUUUGAUAAACUAUUUGUAAAUGU